AUGUUGGAGAAAUCUAUUCGAGGCUGCUGGAUCACAGGCCAGUCAUUCAGGGAGAAAUCCGUUACUUUAUUAAAGAAUUUGAAGAAAAACGUGGCCUCCGAGAGCUGCGAGUGCUGGAAAAUCUGAAGAACACAAUUUUGGAAGCCAAUGAGCACGUUCUGCUGAGGAAUGAGCAGGCCCUGCACCACAGCUUGAGUGAAGUGCUCAAGAGAGUGCAAGCUGCCAACACCACAAUCCAGAGACUCCAAGAGAGGGAGCAUGAGGAGAGGAAGCUCCAGGAGGACAAGCUGCUGGCCCGGGAGGAGAAGCAGGUAGCCCACUGGGAGGAAUUCAUGAGAGAGCAGCAGAAGCAGCGUGGGGAGGUGGAUGAAGAGCACAGGAAAGCUGUGGAACGCCUCAGAGAGCAGUACUCUGAGAUGGAGAAGGAUCUGGCCAAAUACAGCUCUUUUUGA